ACAAGUUGCAGGAAGAUAUUGUUUAUAGUAAAGUAUAGCAAAAAUGUCUUUAUAAAUUCCUGCUUUUUUUUUGGUUUCCUCAUUUUAGCAUGAUAAAUUCCUGCUUUUUUUAUAUUGUUCAUUUGAUAGUAAAUGGAGUAAGGAUUAUAGAUGGGACCAUACAGGUGAAAUAUUUCGUAGCCACUAGAAUUACAGGAUUAUGGCACGUGAGCAGAUAAGCUUGGUCUCUGUUGUCGAGGGCAACGGUAGUGAUGGAAAAGAACAGCAGUUGGAGUACCAGUGCAGGGAGUAUACAGAAAUAACUGCCGAAUAUGAACCGUCGUGUCUCCAACAAUGUAGUAAUAAGCUGAUACAAGUGUUAGAGGACACCUUUUACAAGCUAGGUCUGCUGGUUGCUAGGCACCCAAUUAUCACCAUAAUCAUAUCUCUGUUGGUCUGCGGACUUUGUGGUGUAGGCCUAUCAAAAUUCGAACAAACAAAGGAUGAUGCAAAGUUGUGGGUGCCAAAGUCGUCAAGAGUGCUACCAGAGAAAGCAUGGGUGGAUGCAAACUUUCCCGAGAAAUAUCGCUUUACUUCUAUCAUUGUAACGGCGCACAAUGUCCUUUCACCUUGGGCUAUCAAUGCUAUGUAUGACAUGUACCUCCAGUCUCGACUAAUGGUAUUACCCGGGUUUGAAUCUCUGGAUACCAUAUGUGUUAAAGUUGGUCGUCACUGUAGAGUACAGAGUAUACUAGAAUUAUGGCAGAACAAUGGGACACUCAUACGUAAACUUAGCAUGGCAGAUGUGCUCAAGAAAGUAAACUCGGAUGUUAAAUACAGUCCAGUAUAUGGGACAGAGUUUAACCUUGAGUACAUGCUGGGUGGUAUACGAAGAGAUGUUCAUGGAAACAUUGUGGGUGCUGACUCUGUUACGAUGCUAUGGGUUCUUCAUAAGAAGUCAGAAUGGGAUGCUGCGGCCCUUGUCUGGGAGAAGAACAUGAUUGAAAUGGCUCUGUCUCCACGACCAAACCUUCUCAAAUGUUAUGUUUACGCAACAAGAACUUUUGAUGAUGAAGGUUAUGGGGCUGUUAAUGCAGAUGUUUCAUUACUAACAGCAGGAUUUAUCAUAGUAUUUGUUUUCAUCAUCAUGGUAUUAGGAAAGUUUAACUUGGUAGAAAAUAAGCUAUAUGUAUCACUCAGUGGAAUACUCACUAUAGGACUUGCCAUAUUGUUUUGUUAUGGUUUAGCUAUGGCUUUUGGAUUCAUUUAUGGUCCUAUACAUUCACUCAUGCCCUUUUUGCUGUUAGGAAUAGGUGUGGAUGAUAUGUUUGUAAUUGUUGGAGCCUGGAAGAACCUGACAGAAGAAGAGCAUAAACAACCUAUACCAGAGAAAAUAGCAAUGACAUUAAAACGUGCUGGUGUUUCUAUUACUGUAACAUCAGUGACAGAUAUUGUUGCAUUUGGAAUCGGAGGUUCUACUAUAUCAGUAUUAAUAGCAACAACUGUGUUAGUAGGUGUGAAUAUCUGGAGUUUUACAAUGUUACGCCAGGACUUUAACCUGUACGACUAUAUACCCAGUGAUUCCUAUGCAACAGAUUAUAUCAAUGCUCAGAUGGUGUUCUAUCCAGACAGAGGGUAUGACGCUGCUGUUUACUGUGAUAACAUGGAUUAUUUUGCCAACCGUCACGUGUUAGAAAGUAUGUAUUCAGAAAUGAAGAAAGAUCCAUACAUACAGAAUGGUUCCAUUAAUUUUUGGUACCCAUCUUUUAUCAACUAUCUCAAGACAUCCACAGACAAAUCUGUGUUAUCACAGAUGGCAAAGAAUGGGUAUCCAAGAUCCAGUACUGAAUUUAAUGCUUUACUGGGUUAUUUUAUAUCUCAAAUGGAAGGAAGGUCAUAUGGUCAAUAUUUCAAAUUUUCAAAUUCUUCCCCACCCACUAUAGAGGCUUCCUAUAUACCAUUUUUCCAUACACGACAAUCAAGUUCUGCUGGGGAUAUAGACGCCAUGGAGAGUUUACGAGAUAUUCUCGAUAAAGCUGCAUUCAUCAAUGGCACAUGUUUUGCCUAUGGUUUCAAAUAUCUUAACAAUGAAACUAAUAAGGUGUUAAAGGGGGAGCUGUAUCGUAAUCUUGCCCUAGCUGGUGUGUGUGUAUUUAUAGUCACCUUGUUGUUGAUCGCUAACUUAUGGACCAGCAUUCUUGUCUUCACUUGUGUAGCAUUUACUGUGAUUGAUGUGACGGGAACACUACAGUUUUGGGGUGUAACCAUAGAUACGGCAAGCAGUAUACUUAUUAUUUUGUGCGUAGGUCUAGCGGUAGACUACUCAGCACAUGUCGGACACAUGUUCAUGACCAUAUUAGGCAACAGAGAAGAGAGAGCAAAGGCAACUCUAUUCUCUAUUGGUCCUGCAGUAUUGAAUGGUGGAGUCAGCACUUUCUUGGCAUUUGUUCUCCUUGCUAACAGUAAAAGUUAUGGCUUUGUCAUGUUCUUCAGGGUAUUUAUGACAGUGGUACUUUAUGGACUCUUCCAUGGUCUGGUAUACCUCCCUGUUGUCCUGAGUUGGGUUGGUCCACCACCAUAUCAAUCUAGAUCUAUCAAAGAAGCAGAGGAGAGAACUAAGAUGCUACACAGCUCAGCUGAAAAUGGAAAAGAACAUACCAAGAAUAAAAGUUCCACAGCAUUUUCGAAAGGAAAUGGAAUUUUGAAAACAAAUAGAUACUGUUUAACAAGAGAUGCUGCCACACAAGUGCAGACAGAGAGCCCCAGUCACCAGCCACUACUGUCUGAAGGUGAAGGUCACUCAAAGGUCAUUGUAGAUGACAUUGAAAAUAGUGCUGAAAUGACCUCUAUUUGUAAUGAUAGAGAUUUUACUGACUCAAUACUCCAUGCUUCAAAUUCAACCCACCUGGUUAUUCAUGAUAGGUCAAGGGUCACUCCAGAGUUGAUGAAAACAAAUGACCUUGACCUCUCAGGGGUGAGAAAAUGUGAUAUAUGUGAUAAAGCAUGUGUGAUGUGUGUGCUUCACAGAGCUCAGUUACAACUCCAGACUGCUGUUGAAGAAAUGGAAAAUCCAAAGAGCUCCAGGCAGUUCUGUAGUUGCGAUGAUCACAAACAUGUGCAUGCCCUAGAUUGCAAUAAGUCGUAAGGUCAUUCCCAUUUAUUCUAUUUAUGGAUGUACAUGUGUAUUUGUUGUGAUUUAUGUUUGUAGUUAAAAGUCUUCAUCUUAAAGGCCCUUUAAGCCCCACCAAAAAUGUUUUCAUUUCUCAGUUACAUUUUUUUUCUGUGUGUCCUAUUAUAAUUGCUAAAAAGGUACUUUUUGGCCAUUAUACAUCAUAUAGUAACAGCUGAGCCAUAUUUUGGCUUCUUUUUGCUUUUUUGUAAGAUGUUAUAAAGUUAAAAUGAGAAUUUUUUAUGGAAGUCAAAAUUACAUUUUGUUCACAAUUUUCUACCUUUAUCAUAUAUAACUUCACAUUCAGUGCUACUUAAUUCCUCAGGUAAGUAUCUUAUAUGAUUUAAAUUCAUUAUUAUACCCCCAAAAACGAAGUUUGGGGGGGUAUAUAGGAGUCACCCCGUGGUCGGUUGGUCGGUCGGGCGAGCGGUCGGUCGGUCGGUCGGUCCAGACGUCCGUUGCAUUUUCCUUGUCCGGAGCAUAACUUGAAGACUAAUGGUUGGAAUUCAAUAUAACUACAUACAAUGGUCAAGCACAUUGAGAGGAAGUGCAGUGCAUAAGAACCAUAACUCUAUCUUGACUAAUUACAGAGUUAUUGCCCUUUGUUACUUUUCCUUGUCCGGGGCAUUACUUGAAAACUACUGGUUGGAAUUCAAAACAACUUCAUACAAUUGUCAAACACAAUAAGGGGAAGUGCAGUGCACAAGAACCAUAACUCUAUCUAAAGUAAUUACAGAGUUAUUGCCCUUUGUUACUUUUCCAUUGCUUUUUUUUGUCCGUACCAUAACUUGAAGACUAAUAGUUUGAAUUCAAUAUAACCAGAUACAAUGGUCAAGCACAUUGAGAGGAAGUGCAGUGCACUAGAAACAUAACUCUAUUUUGACUAAUUACAGAGUUAUUGCCCUUUGUUACUUUUCCUUGUCCGGGGCAUAACUUGAAAACAACUGGUUGGAAUUCAAAACAACUUCAUACAAUUGUCAAACACAAUAAGAGGAAGUGCAGUGCACAAGAACCAUAACUCUAUCUAAAGUAAUUACAGAGUUAUUGCCCUUUGUUGCUUUUCCAUUGCUUUUUUUUGUCCGGAGCAUAACUUGAAGAGUAAUAGUUUGAAUUCAAUAUAACUACAUACAAUGGUCAAGCACAUUGAGAGGAAGUGCAGUGCAUAAGAACCAUAACUCUAUCUUGACUAAUUACAUAGUUAUUGCCCUUUGUUACUUUUCCUUGUAUGGGGCAUAACUUGAAAACUACUGGUUGGAAUUCAAAACAACUUCAUACAAUUGUCAAACACAAUAAGGGGAAGUGCAGUGCACAAGAAUCAUAACUCUAUCUAAAGUAAUUACAGAGUUAUUGCCCUUUGUUACUUUUCCAUUGCCUUUUUUGUCCGGACCAUAACUUGAAGACUAAUGGUUGGAAUUCAAUAUAACUUCAUACAAUGGUCAAGCACAUUGAGAGAAAGUGCAGUGCACAAGAACCAUAACUCCAUCUUGACUUAUUACAGAGUUAUUGCCCUUUGUUACUUUUCCUUGUCCAGAGCAUAACUUGAAAACUACUGUUUGGAAUUCAAUACAACUUCAUACAGUUGUCAAGGACUAAAAAGGAAGUACAGUGCACAAGAGCCAUAACUCCAUUUUGACAAAAUACAGAGUUACUGCCCUUUGAUACUUUUCCUUGUCAGGAGCAUAACUUAAAACGUACUGGUUGGAAUUGAAAACAACUUCAUACAAUGGUCAAGCACAAUAAGAGGAAGUGCAUUGCACAAGAACUCUUACUCUAUCUUCAGUAUUUAUAGAGUUAUUGCCCUUUGUUCCUUUUCUUUGUCUUUCUGGACUUAUUACAGAGUAAUUCAAUUAAACUUCAUCAAUGGCCAACCACAUUGAAAGGAAAUGCAACAUAUAAGAACCACAACUAUCUUUAAUUGCCCACAACCAUAUUCUUUUACAAGGUAUUCUGUUACUAGUAACAUCCUCAUUUCCGAAGCAGUCUUGUGGGGGUAUUAAUCACAUUUAGUGAUAGUUCUAGUUAAAUACAAUUAAAAGCAUGGUUGCCCUUUUUUAAGAAGAAAAAAGAAAUUCACAAUCAUCUUAAUCAUAAUGUACCUUUAAAAUGCAUUUACCAACAAGUUUGACCUUUAUGUGGUAUUAUUCACAAAUCUCCUCUCAUUCUUUCAUACAAGUCUCUAAAUUAUUCAUCUUUUACAUUGUAAUUUUUGAAAACAGCAUAUACCGAGUAAUAAAGACAUUUUGAUGGACGAAAUGUAUCAUUUUAUCAUUUAUUCAGUCAUGUUUUUGUGUCAAGGAAUAAAAACUAUGUACAUAUUUAAUAAAUUCUAGAAAUACCACAACAAAUAUGAUGAGUUGAGAUUGACAAAGAUUUUCAUUGCUAGUUAGUUGAUUAUUCUUCCAUAUUUUCAAUGGUUGCCAUAGUAAAUUUAUCAGCAUUUAUGUUUUAUAACUAUUUAGUACAUGUAGUAAAAACAAUUGUAUUUUAUUUUUCACCUUUGAUUUUAAGAUAAGAUAAUAAUUAUCAGGUCAUUUUUUUGGGUACCGUGUAAAAUUCUAUAUUACUUUUUUCUAUAGCUGUAAAUGAAAUUUAAAAAUGUCCUUACGCUACUUAAUAAGAAUAUUCUUGCAUAAUUAUCAGACAGGAUAAUCUACUGUUUACGCUCUUGUUGAAAGAAAAGUCUGUUUUAAAUGACGUCAUUCCCUCGCGCCUUGUUAUCGCUGUAAACAGUUACCAUUAAGCUAGAUAUUCCGGUCUGUAACCGGCAACUGGUGUAAAUUCCUUAUAAUUUUUAGCAUUACCUUAAACAAAUUGCUGUCUGAAAUAGAAUUCAUUUUGUGAAAAUUAUUUUUAAAGGGUAAAAUAUCUAUAGUGAACGAUGAUGGAAAAAAUUAUUUUUGUAAAAACUUAAUGAGAAAGAAGAUAAUUCUUUAUGAAGAAAUAAAUUGAAAUAAGUUGUAAGAGUUAAUAGAAACAAGGUCUCAAGAUGGAUGUAGCUAAGUGAAGUACAGUAAAUUCAUGACUUUUAUAACAUAAUUAUUAUUGUUGUUUUUUUUUUUCUCAAAAAAUCACGGUUUAAAAAUAAUUAAGUCUUUUUGGUAAAAAAAGUAGGUAAAUAAUUAAUUUGUAAAUGUUGUACAUAUUAUUUAUUUUGAAUAGUAGUAUAGUGUUGCUAUUUUUGUGAAUUUAUUUUGUGUGUGUGUUUUUUUGUACAGGUGAAGAUUAUGCCCAUUAUUUUAUUUGUAUUAUAUUUAAAUUUUCAAGUUUUAAGCAUUAUAUGUAUUUAUAUUCUAUCUUAAGAUUAUGUGUCAUAUUGAGAUUUAGAAAGUUAAUAUCCAUGGCAAUAGUUUAGUAGUUAUGAUAGUUCUUAUAACUGUGAUUAGAUUUUUAUAUUUAUAUAAGUGAAUGAUAUUGAGCAGGUUAUAUGUUGCUUAUUUAUAUGUAUUUAUAAACUCUCUACUGUUAUAAAUUUUAUAUAGAAUCUUACAUAAGUUGUCAGUUUCAAUAGACAAUUGUUAAAUAAAUUUCUGGGGUCAUCUGUGGCCGACUUGAAAACACUUGCACCUCACCACUAUGGGUUAGAAUCCAGACAGGGACUUUGAAGAAUUCUUUUAUCCAGCUAGCUUAUGGAACUUCGGUGGUUUCUACUCAAGUGCCAUUUGUGCCCGAAAUAAUGCACAGAAGGGUAUAUGAGGUCUCCCUUCACUGGUAAAGCUGAAAAGUCACCAUAUGACCUUCACUGUGUUGAUGCAGCGUAAAACCCAACCAAAAAAGAAAUAAAUGACAGAAUUUGUUACAAAGCAAGCCUAUGGUAAGCUGUAUAGCAUUUCAUGGAUGAUUUCAUCACAAGUUCAAUGUCAGUCUAUAUAAAACUGUAACAUGUGUGAGAUUCUUUUAAUCAUGUGAUAUUAGUAUGUCUAUUACAAAAAAAUACAACAAAAAAAGCAUAGUCACUGUUUUAGGGCAUUUUUUUUU